UUUCGCGGGGAAGGGCAAAUCAGGAAUUCACUGUUGCAACGGGGUCAGCACAAGUCUACUGAUCAAACUUCUGCCAAUUUCUCCCCCAUUACCGCUCCUUCCACUUCUUCACUCUACGCUAACUCUUUUUCCUUGUCUCUAUUAUUAUCUUUCUAUUCGCUAGGGCUCUCUAUCAUCUUCUACUUCUACGCCACGAUCAGAAUUGACUUCCUUUUUUUUUUGUGACAUUUGAAUGUGGGUGUUAUUUAUUGAAGAUGGAGGGAGAUAAAGAUGCAUAUUACGUUGUACAGAAAGGGGACGUUUUUGGAUUUUAUAGGAGUGCGAAGGAGUUGGUGACUCAACAUGGACGUUUUGAGCAUGAUUUUGGGGUUUAUCCCUUUUGGUAAGCUAUCCAGUUGGUUGCUUUGGAAUCGUUGGUUUUAAAGAACUUAAUGGAUCCUAAUGCAACGAUCUACAAAGGGUAUCACUUAUCUAAAGAAGCAGAAGAAUAUCUCGUAUCACACGGACUUCAGAGUGCCACCUACUCUAUAAGUGCUGCCAAUGUGACAAAGGAUCUAUUUGGAAAAAUACUUCCUUGUUUUCCUUAUGAGCAACCAUCUACUACUAGAGGAAAAAUGGCUGAAGAAUACCCCAAAGCUGAGAGACAAGAACGAGUCCUCAAGAAUACUGAAUAUACCUAUUUUCUUGAGUUUGAUGGUGCCUCAAAGGGAAAUCCUGGGCUAGCAGGUGCUGGAGCUAUUUUACGUGCUAACGAUGGAUCUACGGUCUGUAGGUUGCAAGAAGGGGUUGGGAUUGCUACAUGUAAUGUUGCUGAAUAUCGUGCUAUAAUUUUAGGACUGAAACAUGCUUUAAAGAACGGCAUUAAACACAUUUAUGUCCAAGGAGACUCCAAGCUUGUUUGUAUGCAGGUUCAGGGUCUAUGGAAGCUCAAAAACCAAAAUAUGGCUGAAUUAUGUAAAGUGGCAAAGGAGCUUAAGGAUAAGUUUGUGUCAUUUGAGAUCAGCCAUGUCCCUAGGAACCGAAAUUCCGAUGCCGAUGCUCUAGCGAACCGCGCUAUACAUCUCCAAGAUGGAGUCGUACUAGAAGACUGCAUUCAUAAAUGAACUUCAAACAUUUUCAAACGGUAGGCAAGGAUAUUCUCUGCAUUAAGCUGCAUAGCAAAGCUGAACAGAUUGACACCCUAUUUUGUACCAUUUGAAUGCUAAAGAUACUUUGAUCAACAUCCUUAUUUUGGUUACUAUGUUAACUAAUGCAACUUUAGAGCUGUAAAUAUAGAAAACUUGAAUAUUGGCAUGUCAAGAGUAAUUAGUCCAGCGUGAUGGUUUCUCGCCCCA